AUGUCGGAUCCAACAUACACCAUAUACAGCUAUUUCCGCUCUUCAUGCUCUGCCCGCCUUCGAAUGGUACUAAACCUCAAGGGCAUCGAGUAUGACAUGCAGACUGUCAACCUCCUCAAAGGCGAGCACUUGUCUAGUGAGCACAAGGCCCGCAACCCAAACCUCACUGUGCCUUUGCUGUUGCGCACGACCAGCGACGGAAAUGUCUUCAAGGUCGGCCAAUCGCUUGCUGCUAUCGAGUAUCUCGACGAGACACUCCCCCAGAGCUAUCAGCUUUUACCACCAAUUUCAGAUCCAGAGGGAAGGGCCGUCACGCGUACACUAGCCGGUAUCGUUGCCUGCGACCUGCAGCCAGUCACAAAUAUGAGGAUAAUGAAGCGCAUCAGGGGGCUCGGAGGCAGCCCCGAGCAGUGGAAUAAAGAAAUAAUGACAGAAGUGCUUGAGGCUUAUGAAAUGACUGCCAAGGACACAGCGGGCCAAUACUCUGUUGGUGAUAACAUAACUUUGGCGGACGUUUGUCUGCUGCCAGCUGUCUGGAAUGCGCAGAGAUAUGGCGUUGAUCUUGACGCCUUUUCGAUAAUCACGAAGAUUAGUGAGAACUUGAGCAAGCAUCCGGCAAUCAUCAAGGCGCAUUGGCAAAACCAACCUGAUACCCCCGAAGAGCUGCGUGCUAAAUAA